AUGAGGAGGUUUUUCUCUUUUCGGUCUUCUUCAUCCAGUGAGGGGAAAGAGAAUCCAGUGCCGUCGGUUACCAACGAUGAGAACGUUUUCUGGGAGGCCAACAGGGAGAAUUUUCCCAGAAAUGCAAUUGGGGCGGAGAUCCGAAGCAAGUCUCCGACUUCCAAGGCUUCCGACAGUCCACAUCUGAGGAGAAGCCUGUCGUUCUCUUCUUCGACCCCUUAUAGCAGGGAGAUCGAGGGGAGGUGUAACUCGUAUAGGAAUCUAAGUGGAUCCCUAUCUGACUACAGCAAUAUCCCGCAUCAGUCGGUUGAAAGCCCAAUUCGGUAAGCCGUUUCCUUUCGUCUGGAUUUUCACUUGCUUUCUAUCUUCCGCGAAUUUCUGACUUCUGCCCUAUUUUCUAUUUUCUUGUCCCUUCUUGGGGUGGAUGGUUUCCUCUUGUUAACACCUGUUCUAUAAUUCCCAUAUCUAAGCAUUGGUGUUAUCAAAUAUGAUCUGCCUGAUUUAUUAAUGUUUUCCUCUUCAUACUUCAUUCUCAUUCUGGUACAAGCAACUCCAUGGGUAUCGAUUUCAACGAACGUCCCCAUUUUUGUUUCCAUCCUCGAUCAAAUGAGAUAAACGGAUCACUUAAUAGAGUAUGUACCUACCUAUCAAUUGAUUGACAGCCUGAGCAAUGAUAGCAGAUCAACCCAUGGAAUGGUAGCCAGUUACCUGUCGAGUAUUUACUGAAAGCAUUUUAUUUCGAUAUUGACCUGUUCGGAACAGGAUCUAUAUACUACCAUAGCAUGGAUUUUUCCCAUCUUUCUGAGUAAAUAUUUAUUUUUGGCUUCUUACUACGUUUACAAGAGAUUGUUACACUUUUCUUGCGCUACACUUAAAAAAUUUCCUCCCAAUGCUACUUGCAGAGCCGUCAGUUCUCUUAGCCACCUAGAGCUGAAGCGGAAUAGAGAAUUUUUCCACGUUAUCUAAAACGUAGCUUUGUAUCUUUGCCUCAUAAUAUAAAUGCGAUUAAAUUCAGACAUAAACUCCGGUUUUGGAUCACUAAACAGAGAUCUUCUCGUAUUCUUUUCAUUGGGUGUCUAGUUAUAUCUGGCUUGAGAUUAAAAAUUCCAUAAGAGAUAACACUGUUGAAAUUUCGAUAUUUUCUCGUUCAGCGAUUAAUGAAAUAACCCGUUUUCUCUGUUUAAUAUGAGCAAGUUUUUUGAGGUACUUGUCAUUUUCUCCCAAUGUAAGCAUUUCUUACCUCAUUAUUUUCUCAUCUUCCUCUCCUUCAGCAAUCUUCCUCCUACUCCAGAAAAGUUUCGCAUAUCCCAAAGAUAUGGACAGGAAACAUCCUGCAAGGUUCAUGGACAGGAAACAUCUUCCAGAAGUCAGCAUUGCUCACCCGUUAACUCACCUCACAGCUCCCCAGUGCCAUUAAGAUGCAGAUCCUCCAGGGUAACACAGAGGUUGGACAUAAAGAGUAUUCCUCAUCUCUGUAUUGAAGAGGGGCAAAACGGGAAAAAAUCUAGAGAUGGUUCACACCCUCCCUUUAUUGGAAAUUAUGGUCAUUUGGCUGAAAAAAGAAUACAUCCCAAUUCUGGGCGGCCACCAAAAAGUCAAUACACAACACCACUUGCGACAUCUGUAGAUGAAAAUCUGUGCUCCCUUUCAUUUAGAGAGGCAAAGGAUGGCAACAAUAGUUUAUCCUCCCGGGACGAGAUGGGAAGCGAUUUUGGGCAUGUGUCACCCAAUAAACCUGCAAGGAAGUUCAGUGAGAGGGAAUCUUCUACAUUCCAUGGAAAAGCGAAGGUGAAUUUUCUGGAUAAUGAAUCUCAGACCACAACCACUGUUGAAGAUAUAUAUGAGGAUACCUCAAACAGCCUAGAACAAAAGUGUUCUUUGUCUGAUCAUAUUUCUCUUGAUAAUAUUUUGGAUAGAUAUUCUGCAGAUGAAGCUUUAAGUCACCGAGGACAAGGACAUUCGUCAUGGGAUGAUUCUACGGCCCCUAGACAUGACUCUUUUCACUUUUUGGGAAUGCGUGAUGAUCAUUUUGAUGCUGAUCUACUCAUGAAAUUAAAUGAUGUGGAGGAACAGGUUAAAGCAGUAGCAGAACUAGCUGAUCCUGACGAGAUUUGGAGUGGCAGAUUAUCCACGUCUGGAUUGGUGCAUAUGCUUAGAAGCAUGGCUGAGGAAAGAAGGAACCUGGCUUCUGAGUUAUCUCUUCAACUGCGAUGUCGCAUCUCUGAGAGGUCUUCCACAAGAGAAGCUCUGAAUCAGGCAAAGAGAGAUUUAGACACAAGAACAAGGAGGCUGGAAAGGGAGAAGGAUGAGCUUCAGUCUAGUCUGGAGAAAGAGUUGGACAGAAGGUCAAGUGAUUGGUCAUUCAAGCUCGAGAAGUUCCAGGCAGAGGAGCAGAGGCUACGGGAACGGGUGAGAGAGCUGGCCGAGCAGAAUGUCUCUAUCCAAAGAGAAGUUUCCUGCCUUAGUGGAAAAAAAAUGGAGGCACAGGAUCAUAUAAUGAAUCUGGAGUCGAAAUUGAAUGGGGUGACAAUUAGGCUAGAGGAAAUGAGAAGUGAGAAUGCCACGCUGCAUGAAGCCUUAUCUGACUUGCAAGAGCAAUUUAACACAGCAAAAGCCGAUGAGGAAUGCAUCAAAAGAAGCUAUAAAGAGACAGACAUGGAAGCCAAAGAAUUGAUGAAAACCAUCGCAAAACUACAGAUUGUUUGCAGUGAACAAGAGAAAACCAUCACUGGUUUGAGGCAGGGCUACAUCGAACCGACUGGUAAGCAGCCCGAGGAUCUUGUGAGGACGCUGAAAGUGGAGCACGUUAGACUGGCGGGUGUUGAGCAGACAUUGAGAAAAGAAAUCGAAUCACUCAGAAUUGAAGUGGACUCGCUGAAGCAUGAAAAGACUUUUUUGUUGGGACGUCUAAGAUCCGCUGGAAGUAGCUGCUCCUCUUUCUAUAGGAUAGAUCAAGAGCUGCAUUCCCAGAUGGAGUGCUUACAGAAUGAAGCCUUCUCUCUGCUUGAUGAUGGUGAUGACCUUUGUGAUAAGUUGCUUAAGGUCGCAAGUAAUAAGCGAUAUGAUCAUGGGACUGUUGCUCUCCAUGGAUCUGAUGGAUAUUCAGUCGCAGAACAUAACAUGAAGCUUCAGAGUCUGAGAAGGGCAGUAAAGAAAUUUAAAGGAAGACUGCAAUCAAUGUCUACAACCCUGGAUCAGAGGUCAAGGUUGGGUGGCUUGGAGUCUCAGCCCCAUAAGACAGAGACUGGCAUAUCCAUCCCACAUGAUGAUACACUGAGAGAGGUAAGAAUGAUAUUUACGAGGAAGAACAGCUUUUUGCUUACACUCUCUCAUUACUCGUAUGUUUUAAUUUUCGUUUGACGUUUGACACCGAUUUUAGGAUUCGAUGGAACUCAUGCUGAAGGCAGAGACCCUGAUUACCGCUUUAUUACGAGAAAAACUGCUCCAUAGAGAACUGGAACUGGAGCGACUGCAAUCCGAGCUAGGAUCUUCAGUGAGGGGAAAGGAAACCUUGCAGUCUGAGAUCAUCAGGCUGCAGGAUCAUGCUUCGUGUCUCACGCACGAGAUGAAAGACGUGGAACAUCAGGUGCGUGUUAAGACCUCCUAGGUGACCUUACCCUUCAGCAUAUAAUGUGCCAUUAAUUUGGAAAUAAUGCGUAUAAGUCUCUGCCCUUAAUGUGAAAAUAAGGUGUGCCCCAGUGGAGACAUAAAUCUACUCGAUUUAUGCGUUAUAUGGCAAUUUUUAGGUUCGGAAGAAGGAGGAGAGCAUCAGUAGGCUCCAGCAUGAUCUUGAAGAGUGCACCAAGGAGCUUAUGGUGGGGAGGGAGAUGCUACCAAGGGUAUCUGAGGAGAGAGACCGUCUAUGGGAGGAACUGAAGCAGUCAAGAGAGACCAACAUGUUCAUUGAUUACGAGCUCAAGACCCUGAAGAAGAAGAUCGAGGCUCUUGAAGAGGAGAUUCUCAUGAAAGAGGGGCAGAUCACCAUUCUGAGGGACAGCAUGGGGAAGCAAAUCCUCUGA